GUCAGUUGUACCAACACAACACCGCUCAACUCCAACACAAUGGCUUUCAAGCUGAUCGUUCUCGCCGCCGCUUUGGCUGUUGCCAACGCAGGCUACCUCGCCGCCCCCGCCUACGCACCCGUUUCGUACGCUGCCCCCGCAUACGCUCCUGCUGCGUACGCCGCCCACGCCUACGCCCCUGCUGCCGUCACCUCCACCUCAGCCAACAUCCUGAGGACCCCCGGCAACCUGGGACAGGUCUCCACCUACACCAAGACCAUCGACACUCCCUACUCUAGCGUGAGCAAGUCUGACGUCCGUGUGAGCAACCCCGGUUACGCAACCUACGCCGCCCCCGCCUACCACGCCCCUCUUGCCUACGCCGCAAAGCCCGUGGCUUACGCUGCCCCCGCUGCCUACGCAGCCCCCGUCGUUAAGGCUGUAGCUCCCGCUUACGCCGCCCCCGUUGCCGCUCCCGUCGCUCACGGUCUCCUCGGUGUUGCCUACUCCGCCGCCCCCGCCGUCGCUCACAUGACCUACACCAACUCCUAUGGCAUCCAGUACGCUUACUAAGGACCUUUUAAACCACGAUCUCCUUCCAUUGUUUCAGCGCUCUAUCAAAAUUCCCGUUCCUAGUGUUAUUUUCCUCUUUUCUCCCACUGUAUAUACUUCUGACUGUUACCGAACUUUAAAUUGACUAUUGCCUGUUCCUUUAUCUUCCAUCCUCUUAUCAUCUGUAUAUAUGUGGAUCUUAUUUAUUUAUUGAUACCUAUUUAUUGUGUAAAUUUAAGUGAAUAAAUUAUCGUCCCAUA